CAAGAAAUUCAUACCGGUCGGAUAAAAAAUUUGGCCUUAUAUUCUAAUCAUUACACACAACAAGAUUCCUCGGAUCUAUUGAUGGUACAUUUAUGUGAUCAGAUACGAUUUUAUCGUCUUUUCGGUUUGGAUGGUUUUCGUCAAGAAUUGGAGAUUUCGAUUUCCAAUGUUGUUAAUCAUGUCGGUUUCUCACAACAACCAAAUUGGUUUCUCUUUCUAUAUCAUGAUCAUAUUCCAGUCAAAAGAAAACUCGAAAUUUUGAACCCGAUAUACCGGAAUAAUCGGCCAUCACAUGUAUUUUAUGGUCGAUAUCGUAGAAAUCAAUCAACUGUUACAACAAUAUUUUAAGAAUUAUAUUUUGAAAAUUUGCAUAUUUUUUGCUCAAUUCAAAAAUUGAUACUGUUUUAAUUUUUAUU